AUGCCGCCGCACAGAUGGACAUCAAGUAAUAGCUUUUUCGUACCGGCGCGAAGCUCGCGUCACCGCACAGCAUGUCUUGCGCUUUACCGCGCCCUACUUGAGGCGUCUCCCAAGGUGCCAUUACCUGUCGAUCUAAAGACAGCAUGGGGAAACAAGCGACACCCAAUCGCCAAUGUGAUACGGCGUGCCUUCAUAAAAAAUCGAAACGAUACAUCUCCCCGACUUGUCUACCCAGCACUUGAGGCUGGCUAUCGGAUGCUAGACACUCUGUCAAAGGCGGCCAAUCCAGACACGCCCGAAUAUGACUCGAUACUCACGUUUCUUCGCAAGCGACUCGCCGAACGCAAUCAUGUCCUCCAGCAGAAGGAGGCACACCCGCCGCACUCAAAGACUCCACGAAAGCCAUCUUCUGCACCAAACCCCAGCACGAUCCCGCUGCUUGUAAAGACGACGCCAGCUCCCACACCCGAGAAUCCGAAACCGAAACCUACGUAUGCAUCAGAGGUACGACCACGGCCCUCUUCCGAUCUUCCACCGGGCAAGAAGCGCAGGAUUCCCGUUUUGGACAUGGCAAGAGAGUACCCUUUCCUCCGACUUGGCCGCCCCCAGUCCCCAACUUUGGAUCGCGUUCUCACGCAGAAAAAUAAGGCACGGGUGCAAAUGCUCGACAGGUUACGAGAUUGGAACGACGACGACUCUACACUUAUCGGAGUAGCUGAUUGCAGGGAAGAAGAUCACUGGGACCGCUUGGUACUCGAUCUGCUUGACCGUGAGGGUCAGGGUCAGCAGAAUGGGUUCACCCGGCGCGUCCAACAUGGAUCAUCUGAAUUGUCAUUCAUGAACACACUUCAUACGAAUGGCAUCACCCACGUCCUCCAGGCGCUCACGGCUGAUCGAGAGGAUGCAGUAGCUAGGGCCGAUGCCAUGCGACAAAUCAUCAAGGAAGAAAAGGCAAUGGCUGCCCUGGAGAAGGCACAAGAUCAUGAAAAUCGCCGCCGCCGCUGGGAAGCUCGCAUGACGGCUGAGCAUGGAGCAGGCUGGGAAGAUAUCAUUGCCGAACAAAAGAGACAACGCGACGAGGCCAGGGCGGCACUCAUGCGACUGCCUGAGAAGGAAAGAAUCGCAGUCGUUAGGAAGCGCCGCCUCGAGAGACGAGUUCGAUUGGAACAAGAGGAGAAGGAACGGCUUGCCACUGUCGAUUGA